GACUGUUGGUUAGUUUGUGCUCGACAUUAUUGUUAAGGUUGUAUGGAGUAUCACUGCGGACUCCAGCCUCAUUUCAAUACAUCAAAACUGUUUAGUACAAUUAGUAAUUACCGCUAAGUCAUAACGUGCAUCGUGGACGUGCAGAAAUAUGGAGAUAUACCGCGAGGCGUGAGAAACCCAGACGGGCAGUGAGAUGGAUGCGGGAAGGCCGGCUCGGGACUGCACUAAUACCGGCAGGAAUCCGCCAGGCUGGUUCUGGAAACUGAAGUAAAGAAGUUUCAGUACUUAUUUCAGCUGGGAUACAAAUCAUCAUUCUCAUCAUAUUCUGCACUUCACUAAACAUCUGGAAUGGCUACCGUAAAUCAGGAGGGUCCACAAAACUAGUCAGUUGCACUCCAACCCAGAGCACCCUUCGCUGCUCUUAGGGUACGAUGGCCAACUCAGUCGCUACCCUGGUUGUCCAAACUGAGCUUCUUCCCAGCCAGACUCCCUCUUCCCUCUCUCCUUUUCCAUCGCUCCUUCCCCCAGUGGACGACGAGGAGAACGAUGAAGAGAAAGGUGGACAGGAAGAGAAGGGGACAGAAACUGUCGUGCUUACAAGCGUCGAAAUGGUAACGUCGUCGACGUCUCCUGGGACGAUGGGAUCCCAAAAUCCUGAACACCCCUUCCAGUGUCUAGAUUGUGGGAAGAGUUUUAAGUGGUCUUCCAGGUUGGCACACCAUCAGCGUAGCCAUAACAACGAAAGGCCGUAUCGCUGUAACCUCUGCCCCAAGGCUUUCAAAGGCUCAUCAGCUCUGCUUUAUCACCAGAGGUCUCAUUCAGGAGAGAAACCUUAUAAAUGUGAGGAUUGUGGUAAAGCAUUUAAGCGGUCAUCUCUCCUCCAGGUUCAUCGCAGUGUGCAUACAGGUUUGCGUACCUUCCAGUGUCCCUACUGCCCUCUUACCUUCAAGUGGAGCUCUCACUACCAAUAUCACCUACGGCAACACACAGGCGAGUGCCCCUAUCCAUGUGACAGAUGUCCCAAAGCCUUCAAGAACUCCAGCAGCCUGCGUAGACACAAGAACGUGCAUUUAGGUGUCAAGCCUUAUGUUUGUAUGGUGUGCAGCAAGGCUUUCAGCCAGUCAACCAACCUGAGGCAACACAUGCGCAUACAUACCGGCGAGAGGCCGUACAUCUGUGGUGAGUGUGGUCGCAGCUUCACACACUCCUCCAACCUGGCACUUCAUCGCAACUCUCACAUAGAGGUCAAGGCUCAAGGUGUGGGGAAGACAGGAAAGGUAGGGUCACCGGCAAGUGUUGAGGUGGUGCUCGGAGGGGCAACCUCAGACGAUUUGAAGGCGGUUGAAAUGACAAUAUCAGACAUGGUGGGCCUUGUAGGUGGGCAGGAAGGGGGAACCAGUCAGGUCUUCUUAUCCCACCCUGUGCCCGAGUCCUCAGCUGAAGGCAGUCAGAAUGUCUUGACCGCCACAGGCUCAGAGCAUGUACAGGUGAGCAUAGAGGAGUCAACGGAAACGGAUUCUAACGUGCUGUUGUACAGCUGUGGUAGCUGCAGCGAAACAUUUGGAACCCAAACACACUUGGAAGAACAUCAAGCCUUGCAUCUACAUAGUUUGGGGGUGGCUGAUGGGGGUGAAGACACCAGGUGUGAUGACAUAGAGGCUCAGGGAGGUGGGGUUUCUUUAGUUGGGAUGGCCCCCUUGUUGGCAGACUUUGAGGAGGUUGUGGAAACCACAACAGUGGCAGAGACAGGGCAGGGAACAGAACUGCUUGGAUUGGGUGGUCUUGGGGGUGGAGCCAGCCAGGUUCAAUAUGACCUGCUUCAGAGCUUUACCAGCUCCGUGGCCCAGAUGCCCUCAGAUGUCCCCACCUCCAUAGUGGACACAACAGAGUGUGCCUACUGCAGUAAAAGCUUCAAGAACAGCAGCUCACUGAGCAGACAUAUUGCACAGGUGCACCCUCUGGCACUGUCCGAGUCCAGAUCUCAAUUCAGCUGCUCUGUGUGUGACCGCUCCUUCCCCCUACUCUCGUCCCUUCUUACCCACCAGCUCUCACACACCGAGGAGCAGAGACUGCUGACUGAGGCAGAGGCUGAAAUUGUCUGCCCUCCUUCACUGUCUCUUUCACUGCCCCUGUCUUCAUCAUCCUCUUCCAAGAGAGAGGCAGAGGAGCCAGAGGCAGAGGGAGAAAGGGAAAUCCAUGUCAGCCUCAUUGCUGUCACAGAAGAGGGAGAGAAGCAAGCUGUGAAACCAACCAACAGGGCAUCAGGGAAGACUGGAAGAAGAGGAGGUGGGAGCAAAGGCUCUGCUGCAAAUAAUGAGAGGCCAUAUCGGUGCUUGGAAUGUGGGAAAUCCUUUAAGGGCUCUUCAGGUCUGCGCUACCACAUGAGAGACCAUACAGGAGAGAGGCCAUACCGCUGCACAGAGUGUGGAAAAAGCUUUAAGAGAUCUUCUCUACUGUCCAUACAUCAAAGGGUGCACACAGGAGUGCGAGCCUUCCAAUGUCCUUACUGCCCUCUGACCUUCAAGUGGAGUUCGCAUUACCAGUACCAUUUGCGGCAGCACACUGGCGAGCGACCAUAUGUGUGCCAAGAAUGUGGCAAAUCGUUCAAGAACACCAGCUGUCUGAGGCGACACAGCCAGUUGCACUCAGGCCUGCGACCACACGCCUGCUCUGUGUGUGGCAAGGCCUUUUCCCAAACCUCCAACCUAAAGCAGCAUGAGCGCACACACUCGGGUGAAAGGCCUUUCCAAUGCGCACAAUGCCACAAGAGUUUCACACACUCCUCUAAUCUUCAGCUUCACCUACGCACACACUCCUCACGCAAAGACUACAAGUGUCAGCGCUGUGGCAAAGAGUUCGUCAUGCACUCCUACCUGCAGCGCCAUCUGCGGACGCAUAGCAGCGGUGGAGGGGCCACGUGCACUAAAGAAGCGGGAAAAACAGCUAAGAACGGCAGCGGGACCUCAGACAUGUCAACCACUACUCUGAGUCUAAACAUGAAUGCAGCAGGAGGGCUUAAUUCUCUGUUUUCUAAUGAAGGGAAUUCCACACUUAUUCUCUCACCAUCAAAUUUGGACAUUCCUCCAAACACGUCACAAAAUUAUUUCAUGAUACAGACACCUACAGGACUGCAGCUGAUCCCACUGUCCAAUCCAACACCCACACGGCCUGCUCCUCUUCCUCCACCACCACCACCACCUCCACCACCUCCUCCACCACCACAACUGCCAUCCCAGAACUUCCUGCUUCUUCAGUGCCAGUCCACCAAUGGGAGCCAGCCGAGUCUCAUUCUAGUUCCCACAGCAUCCAAUGGGAAUCCUCUUUCUGCUCCCUCAACACCACAGGCCCUCCCCUUGGUGCAAACAGUAUCAUCAGUGCCACAGAUAGCCACUUUAGCUCCAGCCCAAACCCAGUUAUCACAGUUUCAACCACUCCAGACCCAGCAGAGGUUUAUUUUUACCAACAACAGUGCUCCUGUUAUCACUGCCCCAUCUCAAAACACAACAGUUAAACCAAUUUUAGGAACCCUAAGCCACACCAGGAGCCCUAGAACCAGACGUGGGCGCAAAACUAAAACUCAGAAAUCAGGGUCCUUGGUGCAGACAGCAUCUGUCCCAGCAACUCAAGGUUUAGUUCCUUCCAAUAUUUCAACAUCCACAACUGCUACUUCUAUUGCAUCAUCAACAACCUUGUCCCAGCUGUCUAAUAUUCAAACAUCUGUACCACCACUGAACUUAGACCCUGUGCCUAACACACCUUCUACUCCUGCUACAGUCACUGUAUCAGCAGUAACACCCACUACUUCUCCAACCAACAGCCACUGUAUUUUGACAGGUGACCUUAAAAAUGCAUCUGCUGCAGAGGAAGUGGAGAAGCUUACUGAUCCUCUACAAGAGGAGCACUUUGUUCUAUGUUUUGAGAAGGAGAAUAAGGAGAGGGCGCAAGGAGCUGAGAUGGAGGUAAAGGUACAGAUGGAUGAAGGGGUGGAGGGAGAAAGGUCGUAUGUGUUGCAUUUUGAAGGGGAAAGUGAACAAGGGGCAGAAGGAAGUGAAGACAGAGGGGAGAAAUCGUAUGUCCUUCGAUUUCAGUCAGAGGAAGAGAUGGAGGGUGAUGGAGAUAAGGAGAAGACUGGCAUGGUUUCUCUUAACUUGCUUCAAGAUUGGAGUGCAGCAAGAGAAAGUGAAAGAUUGGAAGGGUUUGAAGAAGGUGUUGGGGUGGAAGAGAAAUCAUUUGUUCUUCAUUUCCAAACAGAUGCACAAAGUGAUGAUGACAUCCCACCAAAUUCUGGUUUUCCUGAUGGCCCUAGUGAAGAUUUGGGUCUUUCUUGUCAUUCUGCCCAAGCCUUAAUGCCUCUUGGUGGACAGGAGGUUGUGUUCAAAUUAGGCAGUGAGGCCAAAAUAGAUGCAGGCGGAGGGAGUGGAGAAAGUGUUCAAAUGAUUGCAGUAAUAGAAGGUGGGGGCAGCAGUUCUGAGACAGGGGGCAGUUUUAGCAGUCCUGGUGGAGUCACUGGGACAGGAGCAGGGCAAAUGGGAAGCAUUUUUCAGUUAGAGGGAGGGGAAGGUAUAGUUAUUAUUGAGGUUAGUACCAGCAGUUUGACGGAAGGAACAGAAGGAGUUUCAGUAGGAUUAAGGAGCAUGGACAAAGAAGGCACUGCAUCACCUGAAGUGGCAUCUGAGGAGCAGAAGAUGCUGGAAACUGAGAGCAGACUAUCAGCCAGCGUGAAUGGGACCUAACACUUAAGCACUGAAGGAAUCUCCAAAUGAAGCCUGUGAAGAGCUCCAAGACACAACCCACACGCACGUGCUCCUACUAACCAAUGCACACUACUAACUACCAGCAACCUGAGUCUUUGAUGAGACACCGAUUUUUAAUUAUGCCUUUUAUGAUCCAGGUGACUUAACCUAAAGCAGUCAUUUAGGUCUGUAACUUUCAGCUAUCAGGAUAAUGAAAUGAAAGGGAAGGUCAUGCUUCUUAGCAAAAAUCGACUGGCAAAUGUGUGUGGUAAAAUAGUUUUUCGGUGCAAUGGUUAAUGUUUUUUAUGUUGUCCUCUUCCUUCAGUAUUGAAGUGUUUUAGACAUUGCAUUACCUAGAAUUAGGUGAGACUUCCUCACCAGCCCAUAGAGGGAGUUGUUUCAUACACCACACACACCACAGAUAUGUUUUUUUUUUUUAAGAAUACACAUCAAUACAAGAUGAUGUGCUGAAGAAUGUUGGACAACUGUAAACUAAUAUGCUGUCAUGUUGACGGCCAAAGUGUAACAUGAACAAGAACUGUGAAUAUGUCUAUAGUCUGUUUAGUUUCACUAUAAUUGUUAAUAUUAGUAAAUUAUCAUGCUCAACAAACUGUCAGUCAUUUUUUAAAAGUUAAUUUUGCACUUUGGACAUAAAAAUAAUGUCAAAUAAAAAAAAUAAA